AAAGUGUUGAUUAAAUCAAGAACGGAUGCUAACAACGUACGCGUGUCAUCAUGGCAUUGGUUAAGUCAGGUUUGAGUCGGUGUUAUAAAAAGCUACACUUCUCACCACCACCCAUGCCUUUCUCUCUUGAAGUAGACUCAAAGCCAUCGUCAGAUCUCAGAUCUCAGAUCUCAGCUCUCCAUUUCAAGCCAUGGCCGAGAAGGGCAAGGAAAAGGUAACUAUGAUGAAGUUGAAGGUGGAUCUUGAUUGCGCCAAGUGUUACAAGAAGGUCAAGAAGGUUCUUUGCAAAUUCCCUCAAAUCAGAGAUCAAAUAUUUGAUGAAAAGUCCAACAUAGUCAUCAUCAAGGUGGUUUGCUGCAGCCCUGAGAAGAUCAUGGACAAACUUUGUUCUAAAGGUGGCGGCUCUAUCAAGACCAUCGAGAUCUUAGAACCACCAAAGCCGCCUCAGCCACAACCCCAACCUCCUCCCCAAAAGCCCAAAGAUGCUCCCAAAGCUCCUGAGAAGCCUAAGGAGCCUGAGAAACCUAAAGAGCCUGAAAAGCCUAAGCAACCUGAAAAGCCUAAAGAACCUGAAAAGCCUAAGCAACCCGAGAAGCCUAAAGAACCCGAGAAAUCUGCUGCGCCCAAAGCUGCACCCGCACCUGCUCCAGCACCAGCACCGGCACCUGCUCCAGCUCCAGCUCCCGCUCCUGUCCCGAAGCAGCCUGGACCUCCGCCACAGAUGGUGCCAAUAAUGCCGCAGGGGCAGCCAGCAGUCAUGUGUUGUGGGCCCUACUAUGGUGGUUAUGGAUGUGGGCCAACGUUCAAUGGAUAUGGAAUGCCGCCGCCUCUACCGUACGAGUGCUACGGCCGACCAGUCUGCGAUAGCUGGGGAGGAGGACCACCACCUAGUUACCGACAAUGCCACCUCACCAGAUGUGAUUACUUCAGCGAAGAGAACCCACAGAGCUGCUCCAUCAUGUGAUAUGACUCAUUCCCUUUUUCACUCUGUUUAAAUCCUUAUUUUUCUUCAAAUCUCUCUUUUUUCUUAUACAAAUAAUAAAAAGAAUAGAUAUAGAGAUGUUUAUGUAUAAUGUUGUGAUAGUAAAGCGAAUAAGGAAGUAAGGAUCUUUGUACUUUGUAAAUGGUAGCCAUUUCCAUUUGGUUGUCCAUUUUGAAGCUGUAAUUGUAAACAGUAUAAAAAGCUUGUUGCAUUUUCUUAAAUAUACACCAAUAAAAAUACUUGGCUUUA